AGAGAAUCGAGGUUCCUGGGCCCAGGCGGGCAGCGUUUCAAUUAAGGAGGCACUCGAAGUGUUAACGGUUGAUAUUUGAUCAUUGAAACUCGGGCCUACUACACUGAAAUAAGUCCGCCCGCCUUUCCUAAGUUCUUCUUUUCCACGGACACAAGAACGCUAUGUUUCAUGGAAAACGAGAUUGAUCUGCAUCGAUGACCGGUACCGUCGGGGAGGGGGUGGGUGGAUGGAUGCAGCUCACGUUAUUAACAUUGCUAGCAUUUGUCUGAACGCCUCUCACUCGAUGUUUAUCUAAGGCACGUACCUUUCCGCAUCCCUCGGCACACCACGUUGGGCGUCUUCCAUACCGGUGACCGGCAGCUCCUGAACAACAUGAAGGUCAUUUUCGUUUCGCUCCCGGGCACCCGUCAACCAGAAAACAAAAUGUCGGAGCGAAAGCUGUAGACUUCUUCUCAAAGGAAGUAAGCAUUCGGUGUGUAAAAAAAGAUAAAAGGUCAACGCACGCUUCAAUGAGUCAUCCGUCACCACGGCACUUGCUCCUUCCAAGCGGUUUCCUCCCUGUGUGUUAAAAACACCAGUCCGAUUUCCACAUCCGUCCUCCUCCGGCGUGCAGGCCAACCGGACGACAGGGGCUGCACUGCGACGUCGCCAAAAGUAAACCCUCCCCUCAUCCUCACGCCGCUCCAACAACACGGGUUCUGGCCGCAGGAACAGCCACCAAUCAAAAAAAAAGACUGCUCCACACGUCAUUCUACCCGGUAACACGGGGCCGGUCCAACCCUGCCCCGUCCCUUCCGAACCCUGAAGACGACAGCACGGCAGCUUAUUGGUUAGCCCUUCGUAAAUGGCGCGCGGCGCUUGAGCCGCCCGGCGGCGAACCUUCUGAAGACGGACGGGAUGGUGAAAAAAAAUCGACAGUGGCCUAGUCACGUGGGUCCUCGCGGAAACCUAGCUAUCUGCUUGUCUUUUCAAAGACAAGUUCGGUUGGGAUUGAUGCUCUUUGUGACUGCUAACUUUGGAACGACAUGGCUCAACCAUACCGGCACCCACAGAGUAUGAUGGGGAGUUCCCGGCCACUGGCACAUGAGUUACUUAAUCCCAUAACUAUGAAACAAGUUCCUGAGAUCCUUAGUAUGACUAAUAAGAAGAGUCAAAACGGUGACGUGGCUUCUGAGCGCUCAGUGCUAACUGACAAAGCUGUCACCCCGUUAUCAGCUGCUCUUCAGGAUGGUGUGAUACACCGAUUAAAUGGACAUGAUGCAACUUCUGCUUACAGAUCAUCAGACAAAUUAAAGGAUUUGACUUCUCUUGUGUUAAAUGGAGAUUCCAGCGCAUCAGAUGUAGUUCAAGAUUCACCAUCCCAGCAUGCUGUGUCUCCAGUUGAAUGCUCCACAGAAAACAGAGGAAACAAAACACCACCCCGAACAACGCCUAAAAAGAGUGGCUCUCCAGAGAUUAAGUUGAGGAUUACUAAAACUUACUUGAAUGGAAAACCACUUUUUGAAUCCUCACUUUGUGGAGAUCUGCAGAUAGGUGACCCCGAGUCUGCACAGCAGGAAGAAGAAGAAAAGGAAGAAGACAAAGGAAAAGAUAGAGAAAAAAGAAAAAGGAAGCGAAGUGUAAAGUAUGAUGCUCUACUUGAGCAAAGUCUGGCUCAAGUUAAGUUUGCGUCAAAGACAUCUAUUUCUCCUGAAGAACAUGUAAAGCCUAAAGAAGAUCAAGACAAUGAAGGAGCCAAAUGCGAAGCAACCAAGGACAAGGAUGUCCCAGUGAAAUAUCAUGUAGGGGAUAUGGUGUGGUCCAAAGUAUCUGGCUAUCCUUGGUGGGCUUGCAUGGUUUCUUCAGAUCCCCUGUUGAAUACCCACACAAGAGUAAAAGGUCUGAAUAGGGCCAUUUGUCGCCAAUACCAUGUCCAGUUUUUUGGAGAAGCUCCAGAAAGGGCCUGGAUCUUCGAAAAGAGCAUGAUACCUUUUGAAAAUUUUCAGCAGUACGACGAGUUAAUCCAAGAAAGUGCCAAACAUGCAAGUUCCAAGGCAGAGAAAAAUAAGAUCCUAAAACCAAUUCCUGCCAAAAUCCGUGGUCAGUGGGAUGUCGGGAUCGCUCAAGCGAAAGAAGCACUGACAAUGACCCUUGAGGAUCGAAAAGCUAAAUACACCUUUGUUUACGAUCAUGAUCGGCCACUACUACCACCUCAGGUUGCAAAGGAAGCUGGGGUUCCAGUUGAAGUUGUAGAGGAUCGAAAAUGGCCAACUGAAGCAUUUCCAAGUAUCAAGGAAAAUCUUGCUGACAGUAAAGGACGGAGGAAAAGAAACAACAGUGCACAAAAUAAAAGGCAAUGUUCAAAGCCGUUUGAACCGAAGACCCCAACAAGGCACUGUGUAAAUAGGACUGUAGAUUGUAUUGAUGAUUCUGCUGCAAGUCAGUCAAUUGACAGGACAUCUUGUAGAUCAUCAGACUCUGAGAGUGGUGCUGGUUCCCCUGUGGCCAAGAGAAAACAAGGAGCCUCCUCUCAGCGGACAAGAAAAUGUGACACUGCCUUCGCUCAGUUCAUGGCUUUUUGUCAGAAACACCGAGAUGAGCUGGCUGAGGAGCAUCCAGAUGCUUCUGCUGAGGAAAUUGAAGAGCUGCUGGAAUCUCAGUGGGCUAUGCUUAGUGAUAAACAGCGAGCACGUUACAAUACCAAGUUCUCUCUCGUAACCCCCGUAACUGAACAUAAAUCUCCUGUUUUGAGUUCAGAUUUUUCAGCUAGUUCUCCUGGGCCAGCCAGAUGCAAAAUUCUACACGAAUCUCCAAAAAGAACAACUAGAUCUAGUGUUAGUUCAGAAUCAACUAGGCAAAGAAGACUAUCAAGAAAAAUAAUCGAUUACAGGGAGGACUCCCCAGACCGAAUUGGCACCAGCAAGAGAUUGAAACGAAAUUACUACAUAGAUGAAAAGUAUGAGUUAAACGAUGCUGAUCAGGCAGAGGCAUGUGGAGGUGAUGGUGUUGAAGCUGAAGAAACAUCUUAUGUUACUAAUGCAUCCCGAAACAGCCAGUCAGAUAUAAGCAAACUUUCUGAUGCAUGUAAACCACUGAAAAAGCGAAACAGAGCAUCAACAGCAGAAAAUCUGAUACCAGCUGUCAGCAAGAAUCCAUCUCCUUUAACUGUAUUUACAGAAAAUGAGACAUCAUUUGAUGGACAGCUGGAGUCAGCAGAUGAAAGUGCAGAUGAAACUCCAACAGAGGCUUCAUCUGUUUCAUCCAAAAAAUCCCAAGGAGAGCGAGGCGGCAAUGGUACAGCUAAGAAAGAAGGAGUUUGUCAGAUGUGCGAGAACUCCGGUGAACUGCUCCUUUGUGAAGGACAGUGUUGUGGGACGUUCCACUUGGCUUGUCUUGGGCUGUCUAAGUUCCCUCAAGGCAAAUUUAUGUGCAGAGAAUGCACAUCAGGCGUUCACUCAUGUUUUGUGUGUAAGAAGAAGGGGCCUGAUGUUAAACGUUGUAAUGUUCCUCUGUGUGGCAAAUUCUACCAUGAGGAGUGUGUGAGAAAGUACCCACCAACUGUAUUUGAAAACAAGAGAUUUCGAUGCCCACUGCAUGCUUGUAUCAGCUGCCAUGCCACAAACCCCUCUAACCCCAGGAUAACAAAAGCAGGGCGAAUGAUGCGAUGUGUCCGCUGUCCUGUGGCUUAUCAUGGAGGGGAGACCUGUAUUGCAGCAGGGUCUGUGAUACUGACAGCCAACAGUAUUAUUUGCAGCAACCAUUUUGUUCCAAAAAAGGGUUACAGUCAUCACGCUCAUGUCAAUGUUAGCUGGUGCUUUGUGUGUUCACGAGGGGGGAGCCUUUUGUGCUGUGAGUCCUGCCCUGCAGCAUUUCAUCCAGAAUGCCUCAACAUUGAUAUGCCAGAGGGAAGUUGGUAUUGCAAUGAUUGCAAAGCAGGCAAGAAGCCACGCUACAAAGACAUUAUCUGGGUCAAACUGGGCAGCUACAGGUGGUGGCCUGCAGAGAUUUGUCACCCAAGAAACAUUCCGACAAAUAUUCAAAAUAUGAAGCAUGAGAUUGGCGAGUUUCCAGUUCACUUCUUUGGAUCAAAUGACUACUUUUGGACCCAUCAGGCACGCGUAUUUCCUUAUAUGGAAGGUGAUAGGGGAAGCAAAGACAAUAAAAUCAAAAGCCUCAGCAAAGCUUUUAGAAAAGCUUUAGAUGAGGCGGCAGAACGCUUUCAGGAUCUCAAGGCUGAGCGGGAGACGAGAGAAGCUCAGGAGAACGAGCGUAAUGGUAGAAAGCCUCCGCCAUAUAAACACAUAAAGGUCAAUAAACCUUAUGGCAAAGCACAGAUUUACACAGCUGAUAUUUCGGAAAUCUCGAGGUGCAACUGUAAACCUACUGAUGAUCAUCCUUGUGGCUUGGAUUCGGAGUGCCUGAACAGAAUGUUAAUGUAUGAAUGUCAUCCAGCUGUGUGUCCUGCUGGUGUGCGAUGCCAAAACCAAUGUUUUACCAAACGUCAGUAUCCUGAAUCACAGGUAGUCAAGACUGCCGGAAAGGGCUGGGGCCUAAUUUCAAAGACUGACAUUAAAAAAGGAACAUUUGUUAACGAGUACGUGGGAGAGGUAAUCGAUGAAGAUGAGUGCCGAGCAAGAAUCCGCUUUGCCCAGGAGCACAACAUUGCCAACUUCUACAUGCUAACAAUUGAUAAGGAUAGAAUAAUUGAUGCUGGGCCUAAAGGCAAUUAUUGUCGAUUUAUGAACCACAGUUGUCAGCCCAAUUGUGAAACACAGAAAUGGACAGUGAAUGGAGACACGCGAGUUGGGUUGUUUUCUCUUUGUGAUAUCCCAGCAGGGACUGAGCUGACCUUCAAUUACAAUCUUGACUGUCUUGGCAAUGAGAAGACCAUCUGUAGGUGUGGGGCACCAAAUUGCAGUGGAUUCCUCGGGGUCAGACCCAAGAAUGCAAGUAAUGGUUCCGAUGACAAAGGAAAAAGGGGGAGGAAGAAAAUACGGAAACGGAAAUCUAAGGGUGAUGGCAAAAAAGAGCAUGAGGAUGAAUGCUUCCGGUGCAGAGAUGGUGGAGAACUUGUACUUUGUGAUAGAAAAACUUGUUCAAAGUCAUAUCAUCUAUCCUGCCUCAGUCUUACAAAACCUCCAUUUGGAAAAUGGGAGUGCCCGUGGCACCACUGUGAUGUCUGUGGAAAACCUUCUGUAGUUUUUUGUCAAUUCUGCCCUAACUCUUUCUGCAAGGAUCAUGAGGGAGGAACAAUGUUCAAGUCCACAACUGAUGGACGUGCUUGCUGCUGCGAACAUGACCACUGCAACAUGGCAGAACCUCUGGAACGAUGCAAAAAUCCGGAGACCAAUCCUUCUCAGAAUGAGACAGUGAAGUUAGAGUCCAAGAAUCCCAAAACCACCAAUCAUACGCCAAUUGAAAAAGCACAGUGAAUUACUUGAACUGUAGACGUUAUUGGGAAUUGAUGUUAAUUGAUGAAUACUAUCACAAGCACUCAACACAACUUGUCAUACAAAGGACUGUUUGCAGGGAAAGGCACUCUUGAUUCUGCUGAGCCAUCUCCAGCAGUUCUUAACUGCAUCUGCACUGAUAAUUCAAGACUGUGACUCCAGAAUUCACAGUAUCCAGGACAGCAAAACUACACAGCAUUAUAUCAACACUGGGAAUCUUUCAUGAAACUGUCCCUCCUAUAAAAUAUUGAAAAUAGGAGAUAGAUUUAAAAGACCAAAAUACAAAGUGAAAGUAAAAAAUAAUAGCAUUUAUCAGUCAUUAAAAGUGUUAGAAAUACGAUACUGAAAAAAAUGACACUAUUAGUUGCUCUUCAUUGUGUUUGUAUGCCUUAGUGUAGUUUACAUUAAUAGUUCAGUAUCUUUUGUAACUCUGCUGGUCUUCUUUGCAGUGCAUAGAUAAUCACUCGUUUAGUGUUUUGAAAUACCUUCUGUUCAGGGCUGUUUGAACUGUUUAGUUGUGUGGCUGCAGGGAUUGAAACUGUAUUACUGUAACCAGUAAAUGCAGCAAAUUGUAGGUAUUUUACUGGAAAAACUCUGGUCAGGCAAGUUAUUUAAACCAAUUGUAAUAAUAGCGAAUUUUGUUUAAUCAGUUAUGUCCCAACCUGUGAACCGUGUUCACCUUAAUUGAAAAUAAUUUAGAGUAGUGUUUGUUUUUUGUUGUUUUUUUAAAUUCACCAGUUGGAGAUUCUCAGAGCUUUCUCAACUUUUGUUGUUGCAACAUCCUAUGAGAAAGAAACUCAGUUUAUAGAUCAUUGUGUUGUACCCUUUAAGAGCUGCUCGUAGAGUUUAGCCUCUACUUUUCUUAACUUUUGUACUGUGUAUUCCCAAACUACUUUUGUAACUCUCUCAAGGGUCUAAGAGUAGCCACUAUGCAGCAGAAAAGCUACCAAAUUUACUAGUGUUGCAUGACUGCCAGCUUGAGAUUUUCUCUAACGACAACAAAUGAAAUUCAUUGGCAGGUUGUGAGAUGAAAACCAAAUAUGGUGGAUCACUGAAUGAUGAAUGACUUUUCAUCUCAUUGACUCUAUACACUAUUCCACUGUUGCUGUCACAUUGUAUUAUUGCUUAGAUCAGAGUGUGCUAUUCUGUAAAACUUUUUUAUUUGAAUUUUCUGGAUGAGGUUUGGGACACUGGCAAUUCAAAUUCACUUAGCACAAAAUAUCAGUUGCCAAAGCCAAAACCGAAGAUCCACAACUGCCAAUUCAUGUAAUCUAUGUUAGGGAGCAUAACUUUUCCCACCUACAGUGUCUGCCUAGACAGUAAGGAAGAUGACUAAUCUAAAGCAACAUUCCAAGGUUGAACAGCAUCUCUCUUAGAUUAUUUUGUUGUUUGGGUCCAUAUUGGUCAAAUUGUUUUCUAUCCACAAUAUCUGAUAGCGCAGUUAUUUUUUGUUCGGAAUCAAGCCUGUCAAAAGUAGUCAUAAAUUAAUAACUGGCUUAUGAUUUCAAUUCCAUGGUGCACUUUUCAGCCAACAACAUUGAUUGGUUUAAUUAUCCACCCCUAUGGAAAUACUCAGGACGGUGCUUUUCUUUUCUGGAUGGUUGUGAGAGGUACCGUUAACAAUUUUGUGUACUUGUAAUAGUCUAACUGUGUACAGUUAGUUUUAGUGCAGAAAAUAAUUGUACUGUUGAAAAAAGAUGUUUAUACUUGCAGCGUGAAGCAACUAAUAGUGAUUGGAGUACUGUGGGAGACUGAAUUAAGUGCUGCAUGCAUUAGUCGGCUGAAAAUAAUAGUGUUUAGAAUUUACCCCUAACCGUAUAAAGCAGGAUCCUGAACUGAAAACAGUUUUGAAUUUUCAAGAUAAGAGUAGACUGAAUAAGCUGUUUAAGAAGAGUUUUUCAAAUUUUUGACUCCUGUUUUAAGUGAAUUGAUGCCAAUACAAUUACAGGGAAUUAAUUUUUGGAAUAAAAGCAACCAAGUAGCUCCUGUUAUACAAUAUUGGUUUUAGCAGUGUUAGGAUUUUUGCCUCCAAAAGUAAACUACGCCUGGUUUUCAAAGUCAAUAUUUUAUCACUUGGCCAGGCUACCAGAUUUUUUUGAAACUGAAGACGUAACUGUUUAUGCAAACUUAAGAUGACAAUGGGUGUGUACUUCCUAUCAAAUAUGCAUUCAUUGUCGAUGUGACAAAUAUAACUAUAUUGCUGACUAUUCAUAGAUAUUGGACAGAAAAUUUAUGCUCAGCUAAAUCAUGGUGAUGCAUUGAAUAACUCCAGUAUGAUUUUGCUCAGGAUUUGAAAAUGGUUUGUGACUGAGUUUAGGCCAUAAGCAGUUAUGUUUGCAGUAACUUCAGUUUGAUCGGUGAAAAUAUUUUAUUUCUUGUGAAGUUAAAAGGUAAAUUUUCAGAGAAAUGUUAUGAGGUGAAGUUUAUGUAAAGCAGGUAUUACAUUUUGCAUCGAGAACCAAUUUUGAUGCCUAAAACGGGUGUCAGGUUCACUAGAUAAGUAAAUGAGGUUUAACAACUCUUUCUGAUCCUUUUGCACAAAUUGGACAGCGAUGAGCAUGAUAGGCAAUAAACUUUACUUGUUUAGGUUUCUUCAGCUGCUAAGUAACAGUGAGUUCCUUCAGAAAACUUCUUUGAAUGCGAGAAUAAAGAGUAGUCCCAUUUGGGGGUCCCUCCUGCUUGCACAAUGCCAAUUCUUAAUUUGAUGUGCCCAGAAGAGUUUCCCCUGAAAGAUCUUAUGGGUGAAAUUGGUUUUUGCCAGAAGUGUAAAACAUGUUCAAGUUGUCAGCCGCUAUCAAAAAACUAAGCUCUGAGUUCUGUCCGAUGUACUGAAUAGACCAAAUUUCACCCAUUAUAUUUAACAUGUUUGAACUUAGCCUAGUGUUGAAACUGUUGUGAUAAUUAGACUUUUACAAAAUUGGUACUAUUGGGAUUUUAUUUGAAGUUCACUUGAUUCAGCUAAGCUUGAAUAUAUACUAUAAUAUCUCUAAACUGGUUUAUAAAUGUUUAAAUCUAAGCAAUCAGACAACAACUAAGUGUCUUGAGUUCAUGGUCUUAUUGAUGGGACAUUACGUACUGAAGCUGCUGUAUGCUUUUUUUUUCCACUGUGCACCUCAAGAUUUUAUUUUUUUGAAAUUUUGUAUUAAAAAUUUGCUUACUUAGA